CAGCACAUUAAUUAAAAAAAUUUUAAAUUGUCUAUCGCGUUUAAGUUGGUGUGUUGUCAAAACGCGACGAAAAAAAAAUAUUUAACGAACGUGACGAGACAAUCUUUAAAAACAAUGAAGAAACUCGAGCAAAAUAAAGAAAGCUAUAUGAACGAAGAAGAUAAACGAUUACAGGAAGAACUGCUGCAAGCUGUCGAUGUGUUGAAAGGUGAAGACGAGACGGCCAUGUUGCUGUCGCUGAAUCAACUGAGAAUUCUUAUGCGAACUUCGACAACCUCGAUGACAUCCGUACCGAAACCUCUCAAGUAUUUGAGAACUUCUUACCCGAGUCUGAAGAGCGCGUACGAAAAACUCAAGCAAAAUGAGGUGAAGGUGCGUUUCGCGGAGAUUCUCAGCGUGCUCUCUCUGGCGGGAGCCGUCUCGGGAGAAGGCAGAGAAUGCCUGGAUUUUUGCAUAAAAGGAGCUGUCGACAAUCCCGGAGAGUGGGGACACGAAUACGUGAGACAACUCGAGACCGAAAUCGUCGACGAGUGGACGAACGCGCCGAUCAAGGACGAAGAGAAGAUCAGAAAACGACUCACGCCAUUGAUCAAAAGUAUCAUCGCGUUCGACAUGAAGCACAACGCCGAGAUACAGGCGUGCGAUCUGUGCCUGGAGAUCGACGAGCUGAAUCUGGUCGCUGAACACUUGGACCCCGUGAAUUUUGCGCGAGUUUGUCAUUAUUUAACUAGCUGCGCGACGUACAGCGAAGACACGGAGAGGAGACAGAUAUUAGAAUUCGCCACCGAGCAAUAUCUGAGGUUUGAGGAAUACGCGAGAGCGAUGUUGGUGGCGUUGCAACUUGCGAAUUCGGAUCUCGUUUACAAGUGCUUCACCGCAUGUCCCGAUUCUUUGAUCAGACAUCAAUUAGCCUUCAUCCUUGCCCGGCUACAAGACCAACCACUGAGAAAAGAAUAUAACGGAGACGAUGCUAAGAACAUCGAAGCGAUUCUCAGCAAUGGCCACGUGAACGCUCAUUUUCAGAUCCUCGCCAGAGAGCUCGACAUACUCGAGCCGAAGCUACCGGAGGAUAUCUACAAAAGUUACUUGAGCGGAAUCAGACAAAUAGAACAUGAUUCCGCGAGAGCAAAUUUGGCGGCGAGUUUCGUUUCCGGAUUCGUGAACGCGGGUUUCGGACAGGACAAGCUGAUGGCGAACACGUCUGACUGCUGGGUGUACAAGAACAAGGAUCACGGAAUGUUGUCGGCCACCGCUUCUCUCGGCUUGAUACACAUGUGGGACGUCGAUGGGGGUUUGGUUCCUAUUGACAAAUAUCUUUACACGAGCGAGGUCUACGUAAAAUCCGGCGCGUUGCUAGCCAUCGGACUGGUGAAUUGCGGGAUUCGUAACGAAUGUGAUCCGGCUUGGGCGCUUCUCAGCGAAUACGUGAACGCGAAUCAAACUCUCCGCAUCGGAGCUAUCUUGGGAUUGGGUCUAGCUUACGCCGGUUCCCGAAGAAAGGACGUUACGGAACUUCUUUCCAAUGCUCUGGCUAACGAACACAAUAAUAUACAAGUCGUGUCGCUGGCUGCGAUUUCUCUGGGUCUCGUGAACGUAGGAUCGGAAAACUCCGACGUUUCGUCGACCAUCUUAUUAAAGUUACUUGGACUGUCGAAGAAAGAACUCGUUAAUACACACUCCAGAUUUCUACCAUUAGCUUUGGGAAUGAUUUACAUGGGAACACGGGACGCCAUAGAAACCCCAUCAGCGGCGCUCGAGGCUCUGCCGAGUCCGUACAACUUCGCGUUUCAAACUAUGCUACAAAUUUGCGCGUACGCGGGUACCGACGAUGUGUUAAUAGUGCAGGAAUUAUUGAGAAUAUGUUCGGAAGCGAUGGAUGAAGAAACAAGCGCGAAAGCUACACCCGACAACACCCCGACGUCAAGUUGCUGCGAUCAAAGAAAAAUUAGCUCUACCACGUCGGAAAGGAAUAAAAACAAUCAAUCUGACGAACGCGCCAAGGACAUUGGAAUGUCACAGGCUAUAGCAUCCCUGGGUGUGGGACUAGUCGGACUUGGAGAAGGGAAAGAAAACUCGAGGAUCUUUGGUCAGGUCGGAAGAUAUGGUCCAACUCCGGCGCGACGUUCUAUGCCUCUCGCGCUGGCUUUGUCUUCUUUAUCAAACGCUGACCCAACGGUCGUGGACGUGUUGAACAAGUACAGUCACGACCACGACGCCGAUGUCGCUCUCAAUGCGAUUUUCGCUCUCGGUCUCGUAGGAGCUGGCACCAACAACGCACGACUGGCGACGAUGCUGAGACAAUUGGCGGCUUAUUACGCGAAAAAUCCGUCUCAUUUGUUUCUCGUGCGCAUUUCCCAGGGUUUGGUGCACAUGGGCAAGGGCACUAUGUCUUUGUCGCCGUUGAAAUAUGCGAAGGUCUUGGACUAUACCGCCUUGGCUGGCCUGAUGGUCGUUCUCGUCGCGUGUCUAGAUUGCAAAAAUCUUAUACUAUCGCAAUCUCAUUAUUUAAUGUAUUGCUUGGCGAUCGCGAUGGAGCCGAGAUGGCUAGUUACUGUGGACAAAAAUCUUAAAAACUUGCCAGUGUCGGUAAGAGUGGGACAAAGCGUGGACGUAGUGGGAAAAACGAGUAAUCCGAGAUCCAUUGUCGGCGGUCACGUUCAAACCACGCCGGUUUUGUUAGGCGCAGGUGAGAGAGCGGAAUUGGUGUCAGAUCAAUACGAAUCGCUCUCCAACACGCUAGAAGGGUUCGUGAUUCUACGCGCGAAAGUAAAACAAAUUUAAUAUCAAACUUAUAUAUCACGCGUUUAUUCGCGCACGUAAUUUAACACAUAGAGGAUUUUUUUUUUUUCACAGCA